ACACACACACGCCCGGACAUACACACACACACACACGACACGCAGACUCGCAGUACACACACGGCACACAGUACGCACACUCACACACACGUUCACAGACGCGCAAAUUGGCUUUUGAGCAGCUUACGUCUUGUGCGCUGCGAGCUUUUCGUCAUACUACCUUUACACAAGGUGCUGUGGAUAUUAUGUCAUCCGACAAUGCUGUCGGCGGUGGCCAGUCAAACCCGGAGAUGGUCAGGGGACAAAUAUUUGACGUCGGUCCGAGGUACACAAAUCUGUCGUACAUCGGCGAGGGAGCUUACGGAAUGGUCGUGUCGGCUUUUGACAAUGAAACAAAUUGUAAAGUAGCCAUAAAAAAAAUCUCACCAUUUGAACAUCAAACAUAUUGUCAACGAACAUUGCGAGAAAUUAAAAUAUUAACUCGAUUUAAACACGAAAAUAUAAUUGAUAUAAGAAAUAUCUUACGAGCGGAAACUAUUGAACAAAUGAAAGACGUAUACAUUGUUCAAUGCUUGAUGGAGACUGAUUUGUAUAAGCUUUUAAAAACUCAGAGACUGAGCAAUGAUCAUAUUUGUUAUUUUCUUUAUCAAAUUCUUCGAGGGCUUAAAUAUAUACAUUCAGCAAAUGUCCUCCACCGUGAUCUCAAACCUAGCAAUCUGCUUCUCAACACAACGUGUGAUCUCAAAAUAUGUGAUUUUGGUCUUGCAAGAGUUGCAGAUCCUGAUCAUGAUCACACUGGAUUUCUUACAGAAUAUGUAGCCACAAGGUGGUAUCGUGCUCCUGAAAUUAUGUUGAAUUCAAAAGGUUAUACAAAAUCAAUUGAUAUGUGGUCAGUUGGUUGUAUUUUAGCUGAAAUGCUUUCCAACAGACCAAUAUUUCCUGGUAAACAUUACUUAGACCAGUUAAAUCAUAUAUUGGGAAUACUUGGUUCACCAACUGCAGUAGAUUUGUUGUGUAUUAUUAAUGAUAAAGCUCGGAGUUACUUACAAUCAUUGCCCUUCAAACCAAAAAUAGCAUUUUCAAAACUCUACCCAACAGCUGAUCCAAAAGCUUUGGACUUACUUGAUAAAAUGCUGACAUUCAACCCUCAUAAUAGAAUCACAGUUGAAGAGGCUCUGGCACAUCCGUAUCUUGAACAGUAUUAUGACCCUGCUGAUGAGCCUGUUGCAGAAGAACCAUUUAGAUUUGCUACAGAGUUAGAUGAUCUACCCAGAGAAACUUUAAAACAAAUGAUCUUUGCGGAAACAGUGAAUUUCAAACAAAAUGUUUAGGCAAAGUAUGGAUAUUAUAUGUUUUUAAUUCCUUACAGUGCUUAACUCUUAUUCUUCUAAAAUUUGAACUUAUAUUGCAUUUCAAUGUUUAAUACAUUUCUCGCUUAUUUACAGUUCUUUAUAAUAUAUAAUCCUAUCUUGAGUCUAAAAUAUUCAUCUUAGUAUUAAGUACGACUUAUUAUAUAGUUAAAUUGUAUGUAUGUAUUAUUAUUAUAAAUUUAAUAUUUAAUUUAUAUUAUUUGAUAUUAAUCAAAUUUGUUGUUACAUAAUCAGAUAUUAGCCUUAUAAAGUAUUUGCCCCAAAGCGUAUUUUCCUUUUGAGUGACAAAAAUGAAAUAUUGUUAGUUUUGAAAUAUUUAAUAUUACUAAUGUGAUCGUUUAAAGUCUAUCACUGCAUUAUGAUAAAAAAAUAUUUAGCUAGAAUUUAAAUAGUGUACAUUUUUUUGUUCCCAUCCGGCCAUUUCCCUCAUUCCCUGUCAUUUGUGAUAAUAUUCAUGGUACUUAUACAGUAUAUUUAUUAAUAUUUUAUUAGAUGUUGUUUAGAAAUUAAAUCAAUGUAAACAUCACGGGAUGUAAAAUUGUGUUGUUAGUUAAAUUAAGAAGUUUUUUUUAAAAAACAUAUUGAUAUUAUUACACACAUUUUAAAGUUUAAAUUUCAAUAUUUUCUUUAUAUUUCACAAAAAAAAAAAAUUGUGCUAUUAAUUUACCGUAAGUGACCUAUUUUUGAAAAUAAAGUCGAUUAAACAUUUAAUAAAGUUCAAUUGAGUGAUUACGUUCCUUUGAAACCA